GGCGGGUGGGGCAUAAUGUAUUCCAGGGGAAACCAGCAAACACGAUAAAAAAUUGAAGCCUCCUUUGGUAAUAUUGGGCGAUAAAGCCAGUGGAGGUGUGUGGGGAGGCCUGGAGAAACAAGAUGGCGGCUUGACUGAUGAGGCUGGAAAUAUGGGGACGGGGGGGUGCGACUGUCGGACUGCUUGGACCCCUGCCCACCCCAAUCACACGGCUGUUAGGACCAUCAGAGUGCGGCUCCUGGGAGUCAUCUGUGAGGCGACGGAGCAGGAAAUGAGCUUGCCUGGCGGUGGUCGUGCUUGACGAGGCCUCGCCGGCGGCCACUCACUGUCUGUGUGGGGGGGGGGAGAUGGCUGCAUGAGGUCACGGCCCGCUGCACCUGACUUCCUUCCCCCUCACCGCCACCAACGCCGCCUCCUCUUCUCACGAAGUCACCUGUCUAAAAGUUGCGAUGCCACCGGGCUUCCUUCAAAAAUGAAAGCAGUGCCUCAAGCUGCUGCGCUCUGCCCUGCCGUGCUCAUCUUUCUUCAUGUGCAAGGUGCAACGCGGGGGCGGGGUCAUCCCAUGAGCGCAUCUUGUCCGUGCAAAUGCCUCUCUAAAGCCUUCUUCCCCCAGUCGUCAAAGGAGAUCGCUCCUCACAAUGUUUCCAAAGUCUGGGAAAUCAAUAGUCUUUGACAACUUUCCCGAUCCCACCGACACCUGGGAGAUCAUCGAGACGAUCGGGAAGGGGACCUACGGAAAAGUCUACAAGGUGCUCAACAAAGCGGACGGCAGUAAAGCAGCAGUGAAGAUACUGGAUCCUAUUCAUGACAUCGACGAGGAGAUUGAGGCAGAGUACAAUAUCCUCAAGGCUCUCUCGGACCACUCCAAUGUCGUCAAGUUCUACGGGAUGUUCUACAAGAAGGAUGUCAAAUGUGGAGAUCAGUUGUGGCUGGUGCUGGAGCUCUGCAAUGGCGGCUCUGUGACGGACCUGGCCAAAGGCAUGUUGAAGAGGGGGGAGCGGAUGGAUGAAGCCAUAAUUGCCUUCAUCCUCCAUCAAGCCCUCAUGGGUCUCCAGCACCUGCACGUCAACAACACCAUCCACCGGGAUGUCAAGGGGAACAACAUCCUGCUGACCACGCAUGGCGGCAUCAAACUGGUGGACUUUGGUGUUUCGGCCCAGCUGACAAACACCCGCUUGAGGAGGAACACCUCGGUGGGAACGCCCUUCUGGAUGGCGCCAGAGGUGAUUGCAUGUGAGCAGCAGCUGGACUCUACCUAUGACGCCCGCUGCGACGUCUGGUCCCUGGGCAUCACCGCCAUUGAGCUGGGCGAUGGAGACCCGCCCCUCUCAGAGCUCCAUCCAAUGAGAGCCCUUUUCAAAAUACCCAGAAACCCUCCACCUACACUCCAGCAGCCGGAGUUGUGGUCUGACGACUUCAACAACUUCAUCUGCAAGUGUCUCAUCAAGGAUUUUGAGCUGAGACCAAACGUGUUGGACCUCCUCCAGCACAUCUUCAUCAGGCAGACGGUCGGCAGAGAGAAAGUGUUGCAGAAACAACUGAUUGAACUCAUUGAUCUCAACCAGCAAAUAGGAGUCAUUGAAAAGACGAGCCAUCACGGAAAAACAGACAGAAGCCGAGACAGUAAUGACAGGCAUGAGCGCAUCCACACCAAAAAAGGAAACAAUGCAAAGACUGAACCCGAUGAAGGGGAUGACCUCGCUGCCCUGGAAGUUCUGGACGAGGACUCGGUCACUGAGCAGCUGCAGGAUCGCUAUGGCCGGGAUCAGAUCUACACCUAUGUGGGCGACAUCCUCAUUGCGGUCAAUCCUUUCCAUCAAAUGCAGAUCUACGCACCUCCGUACAGCAAAAUGUACGUGGGAGCAAAGCGGACGGCCAACCCCCCUCACAUCUUCGCCGUGGCCGACAUCGCCUACCAAUCCAUGGUAUCGUACCACUCCGAUCAGUGCAUCGUGAUCAGCGGUGAGAGUGGGGCAGGGAAAACGGAAAGUGCUCACCUGUUGGUGCAGCAGCUCACUGUUUUGGGGAAGGCCAACAAUCAGUCCCUCCAGGAGAAGAUUCUGCUGGUCAACAGCCUAGUCGAAGCCUUUGGGAACGCCUGUACCGCCAUCAAUGACAACUCCAGUCGCUUUGGCAAGUACUUGGAGAUGAAGUUCGCCGCUGGAGGAACGGUAGUGGGCGCCAAGAUAUCGGAGUACCUGCUGGAGAAAUCCAGGGUCAUCCACCAGGCGGCAGGGGAGAAGAACUUCCACAUCUUCUACUACAUCUAUGCAGGCCUGGCUGACAGGAAGAAGCUCGCCCAUUACAAGCUCUCUGACAGCAAAACUCCAAAGUAUCUGUGUAACGACCACAUUAAGCUGGGGCCUGACAUAGUGAGCAACACCUCCUACAAGGAGCAGUUUGACGCAGUGGAGCAGUGUUUCAAAGUCAUCGGAUUCUCCCUGGAGGAGCUGGGCAGUGUUUACAGUACGCUGGCUGCCAUCCUCAACUCGGGUGAUAUCGAGUUUUCUGCGGUGGCCUCCGAACACCAAACAGACAAGAGCAACAUUACCAACAUGACCAUCCUGGAAAACGUGGCGUCCUUGCUGUGCAUCCGCUCCGAUGAGCUCCAGGAAGCCUUGACCUCCCACUGCGUGGUGGCCCGGGGCGAGACCAUUGUAAGGCCAAACACGGUGGAGAAGGCAGCAGAGGUGAGGGACGCCAUGAGCAAGGCUCUCUAUGGCCGCCUCUUCAGCUGGAUCGUCAACCACAUCAACAUGCUGCUGCGGCCCGACAGCCACCUCGGAGAGGAUGACAGGGGCUUAAACAUCGGCAUCCUGGACAUCUUUGGCUUCGAGAACUUCAAGAGGAACUCCUUCGAGCAGCUCUGCAUCAACAUCGCCAACGAACAGAUCCAGUUUUACUUCAACCAGCACGUAUUCGCCUGGGAGCAGGACGAGUACCUCAACGAAGAGGUGGAUGCUCGCAUGAUCGAGUACGAGGACAACCGGCCCCUGUUGGACCUCUUUCUGCAGAAGCCCAUGGGCAUGCUGUCCCUGCUAGAUGAGGAAAGUCGCUUCCCGCAGGCCACCGAUCAGACCCUCGUAGAGAAAUUUGAAGACAACCUGAAGGCCAAAAGCUUUUGGAGGCCAAAGAGGAUUGACCUUGGAUUUGGUAUUCACCACUAUGCUGGAAAGGUGAUCUACAGUGCUGGGGGCUUCCUGGCCAAGAAUCGAGAUACUCUACCGGCUGACAUCGUCCUCCUGCUCAGGUCGUCGGAGAAUGAGCUGGUUCGCAAACUUGUCACACAUCCUCUCACCAAAACAGGCAACCUUGCCCACACUAAAGGCAAAGGCAUCAACACACUAUGCACCCCGCGGACCCCCACACGCACCAUCACCUUUGCCAAGAUGGGAGUGCUUACCUUAUACAGUUCCUUUAAUUUCACUGAGCCGGUUGACCCCGACAUGCCUUACCAUCCUCGAGAAACCACCAACAUGAGGACACAGACGGUGGCAUCCUACUUCAGAUACUCCCUGAUGGAUCUAUUGUCCAAGAUGGUGGCGGGACAGCCCCACUUUGUGCGCUGUAUAAAACCCAAUAAUGACAGACAAGCCCACAAGUUUGACCGGGAGAAGGUUCUGGUUCAGCUGCGAUACACUGGCAUUCUGGAGACGGCCAAGAUCCGCCGGCAGGGCUACUCUCACCGCAUCCUCUUUGCAAAUUUCCUGAAGAGGUAUCACAUCUUGGCUUUCCAUGCUGACGAGGAGCCAGCUGUGACUCCAGAGACAUGCACAAAGAUAUUGGAGAAGGCUAAUCUGGAGAACUGGGCCAUGGGGAAAACAAAGGUUUUCCUCAAGUAUUACCACAUAGAAUACCUGAAUCUGAUGGUGCAGCAGGCAACGCAGCGCAUUGUUCUGCUGCAGGCUUGCGUCCGAGGCUGGCUGGGCUGCAAACGCUACCGCCGGAUGUUGAAGGAGCGAGAGCAAGGUGCUCUGGUGCUGCAGUCAGCGUACAGAGGUUAUAAAGCUCGAAAGAGGGCCUCUGGGGAAAAGAAAAAAGUGAAGCUGCAAGCCUUCAUUCUCCAGUUUCAAUCCGUCUGCAGGGGCUAUCUCGCCAAAAAGAAGUACAAGGAGAUGGUGGAGGAGAAGCACAAAGCAGCAACAAAGAUUCAGGCACACUACCGGGGGCACAAAGAAAGGAAAAGUUUCAAAAGGAAACUAGAAGCUAAAGAGAAAGCAGAAAAUGCAGUGAAAUAUCAGAAUCCACCUCAAUCGGAGAACAUCUCUCAGGAUGUUUUUCCUGCUUCCAAUGAAGAGGAAGAAUCCAAGGCUGCUGUUGUCCUGCAGAGCAACUUCCGAGGCUACCAGGAGAGGAAGAAGUUUAAGGAGAGGAAGAAGACAAUGGCUGGAGCUGAGCUGGAGGUGCCAUUAAUCUUGUUACAACCUCAAUGUGGACAAGGGCUCGUAAGCAAAGAAGAUGAAGAGGGGGGAAAGAGUGCAGAGGAUGAGGAUGAAGACAGCACAUACGAAGCCGAGGAGAACGAAGACAGCGACCACACGCAGGUGCCGGAGGAUGACGAGACUAUAGAAGUGGCAGACGAGACGGAGGUUGAACUGGCUGGAGGAGCCACGCCUGAAGACUCAGGGGUGUUGGAGAACGGAGAUGCCAUGAGCUCGCAGGAGGAGACCAAAGCCGCUGUGGUGCUUCAGAGUAACUUCAGAGGGCACAAGGAGAGGAAGAGGCUUCAGGAGGAAGGCAAGAUCCAAGCAAAAGCAGGUCAGCAGAAAGGUGAGGAAGGAGACUUAGAGGAGACUAAAGCAGCUGUGGUGCUUCAGAGUCACUUCAGAGGUCACAAGGAGAGGAAGAGGCUUCAGGAUGAAGGCAAGGUCCAAGCCACAGCAGUUCAGCAGGAAGCUUCAGAUGAGGAAGGAGACUCGGAGGAGACCAAAGCAGCUGUGGUGCUUCAGCGUAGCUUCAGAGGCUACAAGGAUCGCAAACGACUUGAGGAGGAAGGAAAAAUCCCUGGCAGGAUGGCGAAAGAAGUCAAUGAUGAUGCAACAAACAAGAACCUAGAAGCAAAUGAGGAAGCCUUAACUCCAAACGACAUCGAGCUAGAAGUGGCAGAAGACACUGUGGAUGUCUCUGAUGUUGUGUUGGAACAUAAAGCUGAUGCCGAAAAAGAGAGACGGCGUGAGGAAGAAGAGGCUGCAGUGAAGAUCCAGAGCAACUUUCGAGGCUACAAAGAACGUGAGAAGCUGAAGGCCUGCAAGCAAAUGGCGCAGGAUGAAGCCGAGCAACUGGAGAGCUUCUCCAAACAGAUUGCAAAGACUUCUCAGAACUUUGUGGCCCUGCAGCAAAAGUUAACCGAGAUUAUUCAGGCCCAUCAAUCAAACCCAGAUAGGAACGGCAUGUUUGUGAAAGGAAAGACAAUCAACGGCUUUGCUCCUCAAAUACACAAAUCACCCGACAAGAGACUGUCGAGGCCCCCCCGUCGGACCCUGCAGCCAAAGACCCUCAACACACCGGAGGACUGCACCUACUACACGCUGAUUCAUCGCUCCGUCCAGGAUGACAAACGCAAGCCCAGGAAAGAAGAUCCAGGUAAGCUGCUGGACGUGGACGAGCAGUACUACCAGGCCUUGCCCACCAGCAGAUCCACUCCCGCCAUUUCCACCGAGGAGCCAUCAUCCAGCGGCGUCCAGAGGCGCUGGUCCAUGGAAAGGACACCUUCUGUGGAGGCUCAACCAGAACCUGCUGCGGGCAAAGAGUCCAACCAGCCAAAAGCCACCGAGCCUGAAUCCAAACCUGCCAAAGACACCAGGCACUCCGUUCCCAGAGUUCCCUCUGCAGAUAGUCGCUCCGAGGACAACCCGUACGACUUCAGGCACCUGCUGAGGAAGACCUCCCAGAGACGGAGGCUCAUCAGGCAGUACCGAGCACAAGACUGACCUUUUUAGGCACAUUAUGGUGACCAGUAACAUCAUUGACUGCUCACAGCUUUGGCCCGUAAUGUUUAUACUGCACUUAAACACAACAUUUUAGAGAGGCUGAACAUACUUUAGAAUAAUAUACAGCUUUCUGUAAAUAACACAUGCAAUUUAGUCAUUUUACUUUUAAAAAUAUAUAUUUUUUGGUGCACCAGAUAUUGUUUGUCAGGUUGUUGAUAUGCUUUUAAGCUCCAGACAGCGUUUUCUUAACAUCACACCUUUUGAGACGCUUGCUGUGUUUACCUUCUGGCAUCAUUGCUACAUUUGAACAUAACACAUCACAAAUCUACACAAAAAAAAACAAAUUAUACUCAUUCAAGACUAACAUGGUGUACAUUCAACUGUGAAGAUACUGCCUUUUUAAAUGUAUGUUUGGCAAUAUGUGAAUAUUGAAUAGCGAAAGGAGGAAAAAUGAAUGGGGCCCUAGCUGUAUGCCUUGGGGUGCUCCGCAUGCUUGCAUUAAUAAAAGAUAAAACACCAAAGUAAAAAUGGUGGCUAUGUGGCUGCAGUUUUAAACCGGUGUUGUGUUAUAUCGCGAUGGUGG